GUCGAGGGAUCCGGAGUCCAGGACACAAAAGAAGGGACAGCAGCUGGUGAGGAGGCCUGAUGAUGAAGCCCAGCCUGAAGAUGGAUCCGAACCGAAGAGCGGCCUGGAGGCAGAGGCACCGGGGCGAGUGGGCGGUAACUCCCAGACCGGAUGUGACGCACGGCGGGGCGGGGCUGCGCAGGCCGGAAGCCCAGCAGGCGGCGAAGAUGGCGGAGAGCAGCGGUCGCGCCGGCAAGAGCAGCGGCAGCGGCGCGGGGAAAGGGGCGGUGUCGGCAGAGCAGGUUAUUGCUGGCUUCAACCGCCUUCGACAGGAACAGCGGGGUCUGGCAUCCAAGGCAGCCGAGCUAGAGAUGGAGUUGAACGAGCACAGCCUGGUGAUAGACACCCUGAAGGAGGUGGACGAAGCCCGCAAGUGCUACCGCAUGGUUGGAGGCGUGCUGGUGGAGCGGACGGUCAAGGAGGUGUUGCCGGCCCUGGAGAGCAACAAGGAGCAGAUACAGAAGAUCAUUGAGACACUUACACAGCAGCUUCAGGCAAAGGGGAGAGAAUUAAAUGAGUUCCGGGAAAAGCACAACAUUCGUCUCAUGGGGGAAGAUGACAAGCCAGCAGCCAAGGAAAACUCCGAAGGGGCUGGGGCCAAGUCCACCUCAGCCGGAGUGUUGGUCUCCUAGGGACCAAGGCCUUUGCGUUUUUUUUUUCUACCCUGACUCCCACUUCUUCUGAUUUCUCUUUAUUGUUAUUAUUAUUAUUUUCUCUGCUAUUGUAAUAUUUUUUUGUUAAUUAAAUGUUUUGGUCAGAAUGCUCA